CUGUUUUUGCCUGUUUUUGUACUUUCCCUCGCCCGCGUCGCUACGCCUCUGUACGUGAUCGCGGUGGACUGUACCAACUGCGGGGGGGGGAGAUGGGGAAUCCGAGACCUCGUUCAUUUCAGCACCAUCCCGAUUGCGAGGUGGUGUCUUGGCUAUCGGCGGUGUAACCAUGCAAAGCGAGCAAGCGAACAGACGGUCAGAGGAACGACGAUGCUGCGAGAAACGACACGACUUCCUGCCCUGUGCGCGAGCUGUCGUUGCUGGGUGAUAUAUUAGAAAUACCGGAUGUAGUAUUGCGCGCGUGGAGCAGUAUACAGAGCAGUAUAGAGCAGCAGCAGUAGCUUAUAGAUUAUUACUGAAACAAAACAGGACCUUAGCAGGGCUUACAGUGUUGUGGGACCCCUUGGAGAAGGGAGGGGUGUGAGUACACCCGUACAGGAGAAAAAAAAGACAGUCCCUUUGUUUACAUCAGGAUGGAUGUGAGGAUGCUGCGGUGUAAAGCAGUGGAGAUUACACUCCUCCUAUGGAUACUGAACGCGCUUCCGAAAAACGACGUGGCGCGCGCUGCAUCCCAGCGGUGUGAUGAGGUUCUGGCAAGUCCUCUCCCCUACAGCGCCUUCAGCAGCUCCUCUGUGUUGGCUCCUGAUUUUGGUGCCGGCUACGCUAAACUCAACCGCAGAGUCGGGAAUGGAGGUUGGUCUCCACUGGACUCUGACAGGUAUCGAUGGCUGCAGGUGGACCUCCGGGGCAGGAAGCAGAUCACAGCCAUCGCAACGCAGGGUCGAUACAGCAGUACUGACUGGACUAAACAGUACCGACUGCUCUACAGUGACACAGCAACUAACUGGAAGCCUUACAGGCAGGACGGCAACAUAUGGACAUUUUCAGGUAACUGGAACUCGGAGAGAGUGGUGCGUCACGAGCUGCAGUACACCAUCGUGGCCCGAUAUCUGCGCUUUAUUCCCUUGGAAUGGAGUGCAGAAGGGCGAGUUGGGCUGAGGGUGGAGGUCUACGGCUGCGCAUACUGGGCCGAUGUGAUCAGUUUCGACGGACAGGGAGUAAUCUCCUACCGUUUCCGACAGAAGAAGAUGAAGAUCCUGAAGGACGUUAUCUCGUUGAGGUUUAAGACCAGUAAAGGAGACGGGCUUCUGCUCCACGGAGAGGGACAGCAGGGUGAUUACCUCACUCUGGAGCUACGCAGGGCCAAACUGCUGCUACAGAUCAAUCUGGGUAGCAAUCAGUAUGGCUCCAUCCAGGGUCACACCUCAGUGUCCAGCGGCAGCCUUCUGGAUGAUGACCAGUGGCACGCCGUGCGGGUUGAAAGAUACCGCCGCAGCGUGAACUUCACCCUGGACGAGCACACGCAGAGUUUCCGAACCAACGGCGAGUUUGACCAUCUCGACCUAGACUACGAGAUCAGUUUUGGAGGAAUGCCUGUAUCAGCCAAGCCCAGUUCAGGAGCUCCGCAGAACUUCAUCGGCUGCAUGGAGGACAUCCACUACAACGGGGACAACAUCACCAACCUCGCACGCCGGAAAAGAGUCGACACGUCCAGCUUUCGUAACCUGACGUACACGUGCGGAGCCUUGCCGACGUUCCCAGCCUUCUUUAACUCCAGCAGCACUCUGCAGCUGCCGGGCCGCAGCGACGGAGACACCGUGGCGGUGACCCUGCACUUCCGCACGUGGAGCCCCAGCGGCCUCCUGAUGUUCACUCCUCUAAUGCCCGGGGGAGUCGAGAUCAGCUUGGUGGAGGGCAAAGUGGUGGUGCACAUCUACAUCUCACAGGGAAAGAACACACGGGUUGACAUCUCCUCAGGUUCAGGCCUCAAUGACGGCCAGUGGCACAGUGUUCAUUUCCUGGCGCUAGAGAGCUUCGCUAUGCUCACCAUCAACGGUGAUGAGACGUCAUCCGUCAGAGCCACGCUCCCCAUCCAGAUCCGCACAGUGGGAGAUUACUACUUUGGAGGCUAUUUUCCACGGACAGACCUCUCGCCAUCUCAGCGCUCCUUCCACGGCUGCAUGCAGCUCAUCCACGUGGACGAGCAGCUGGUGGACCUGCAGGCUGUAGAGCAGGGCAUGAUGGGAAGUUUUGAGAAUGUCAGCCUGGACAUGUGUGCCAUCAUCGACAGAUGUGUCCCGAACCCCUGUGAGCACGGAGGCCGGUGUUCUCAGACUGGAGACGUGUUUAAAUGCUCGUGCGAUGGAACUGGAUACACCGGAGCGACGUGCCACACAUCGGUCUACGAGCAGUCAUGUGAGGAGUACAAGCACCUGGGUCGACGCUCAGACUCGUACUGGAUCGAUCCGGAUGGGAGCGGACCCCUCGAACCCUUUAAAGUCAUCUGCAACAUGACAGGUGACAAAGUGUGGAUGAUGCUGAUGAAUGAUCUGCCAGCUCAGAGUGCAGUGAACUCAGCGUCUGCUCCCGAACAGGGAACUGUACUGAAACUCAGUUACAAUGUGUCUACAGAGCAGAUAAACGCCAUCACCAGCAGCGCAGAGCACUGUGAGCAGUAUGUAGCCUACAUGUGCCGAAUGUCACGCCUCCUCAACUCCCCAGACGGCCCGUCGUACACGUGGUGGGUCGGCCGCGGGAACGAGAAACACUUCUACUGGGGCGGCUCAGGGCCGGGAAUCCAGAAAUGCGCCUGCGGCAUCGAGCGCAACUGCACCGACCCAAACUACUACUGCAACUGUGACGCAGACCAGAGACAAUGGAGUGAGGACGCAGGUGUGCUGAUGUAUAAGGACCAUCUCCCUGUUACUCAAGUGGUUGUUGGAGACACACAGCGCUCGGGAUCCGAGGCCAAGCUUACCGUGGGUCCACUCCGCUGCCACGGAGACCGAAACUUCUGGAAUGCCGCGUCUUUCAUCACCCCAGCAGCGUAUCUGCAUUUCCCCACUUUUCAAGGCGAGUCCAGUGCCGAUAUCAGCUUCUACUUCAAGACGUCGUCCUCGCACGGCAUCUUUCUGGAAAACCUGGGCAACAGCGAUUUCAUUCGCAUCGAGCUGAAAACUGCUAACGUGGUCUCCUUCUCCUUUGACGUGGGCAACGGGCCGGUGGAGUUGAGCGUACGCUCACCGAUGCCCCUCAACAACAACCAAUGGCACAGGGUGGAGGCCGAACGCAACGUGAAGGAAGCCGUACUGCGAUUGGACAAAGUGUACAGAGACGUGCGUCAGGCCCCGCCCCAAGGCCACACCCGUCUCCAGCUCUUCAGUCAGCUCUUCAUUGGCGCCUCAGGAGGGCAGAGGGGAUUUCUGGGAUGCAUCCGCUCGCUCAGGAUGAACGGCGUGACCCUUGAUCUGGAGGAGAGAGCCAAGGUGACUCCAGGAGUGAAGCCCGGCUGUUCGGGUCACUGCCCCAGCUACGGCGCGCGCUGCCAAAAUGGAGGCAAGUGUGUGGAGAAAUAUAACGGCUACACGUGUGACUGCAGCCUCACGGCCUUCGACGGACCCUUCUGCUCUGACGAUGUGGGCGGGUAUUUUGAGAGCGGCACGCUGGUCCGCUAUGACUUCAUGUCUGGCAGCAUCUCGUCUCCUGUGGUGAAGAGCACAUUAGGAGCUCUGAAUGUGGAGGGAAACCUGACGCAGGAGGAGCUCAGCUUCAGCUUCAGCACCUCUCACGCCCCCUCCGUCCUGGCCUACAUCAGCUCCAGGACUCAGGACUAUCUGGCAGUGGUUCUACGCCACAACGGUACGCUGCAGAUCCGCUACAACCUGGGUGGCCUAAAGGAGCCUUUCAUAAUCAGCCUGGAUCACCGCAACAUGGCCAACGGUCAGCCGCACAGCAUCAACAUCAGCCGACAUGACAGACUCGUUCAUCUGCAGAUAGAUCAUUACCCCACCAUGAGCUUCUCCCUCCCUGAAGCGUCUGACACCGAGUUCAACCUGAUCAAGACCAUUUUUCUCGGAAAAGUCUUUGAAACCGGUCAGGUGGACAGCGUGCUCAUAGAGCGUUAUAACACUCCAGGCUUCGUCGGCUGCCUCUCCAGGGUGCAGUUCAACCGCAUCGCACCUCUGAAAGCGGCGUUGAGACCGAGCGCUCCAUCCACCGCCUCCAUCCAGGGCGUGCUAGUGGAGUCCAACUGCGGCGCUUUACCGCUCACUAUCCCCGCCAUGUCGGUGACCUUCGACCCCUGGCAGCCCGACUCAGCCGGAAUCCAGUUCCCGUUCGAUGACGAGGGAGUGAACCGGGAUGGAGUGAACCGCGACUCGGCGAUAAUCGGAGGCAUCAUUGCAGUCGUGAUCUUCUCCAUCCUCUGCACGCUGGUGUUCCUGGUGCGCCACAUGUUCCGCCACAAGGGCUCGUACCACACCAACGAAGCAAAGGGGGCGGAGUCAGCGGACUGUGCUGACGCCGCCAUCAUCGUGAACGACCCCGCCUUCACAGAGACCAUCGACGAGAGCAAGAAGGAGUGGUUUAUUUAAGCCCCUGGUGCAUGAGGAAAGGGGGAGUUACAUACACAGAGACACAUCAUGAGACCAACAUUAACUCUCAGUGUGUGUGUGUGUGUGCGUGUGUGUGUGUGUGUGUGUGUGUGUGGCAUUAUACGGACUCCAGGAGGAAGUGAAGUGUGUUUACUGACGGACAGGACACUGUCCUGGAACUACGCUGUAUAUAAAAUUCACUUCAUCCUGUUCACAUUGAGAAAAACAUCUCUCUGCUUUCCAUGGACCGACAAAUGGAAGCAACCGGAAGCAUCCAUCAGAAUGAUGGACGGACUUCUUCUGACUGCCUUCUUCACAAACCCCAAGAGCACAACGGAUAUCUGUGUUACAGAUGAUGACGUGUGAUUGUAUGUCAGUAUGUUUUCAGUGAUACAGCACAGUAACAUGGGACAUGAAUGACGUUCCUCACUGUUCCAGGGGCUUCUGUGUACUUUAUGUUCUUAGAGUUCUUUGUGUUCUGUUGUUCAUCCCUGCUGAGUGUGUGUGUGUGUGAAUGUGUGUGUGUGUGAAUGUGAUUUAUUCCAUCCCCUCGUAUGGAAAAACGGCCCACAUCCAGCUUCAUUAAUGCUGUGGGCUUUAAUACAGAACGUUAGAAAUGAUUCUCUCUGAAGCAAGAUGAUUCCCUGCAAUUAAUAUAACAGGAAAGGAUUUGGUUCAGUUCUGCUGACGGUCCUGAGGGAUUUAACUCUGUGUCAUUUCACAGAUUCAGAAGUGUUUUUUUGUUUGAUUUUGUUUGAUUUUGUUUGCUCGUUUGUUUUUUGUGUGGUUCAAAAUAUACAGCACCAAAAUGACAACCUUUCAAAGGACACAGAAGUGGAGACUUUUUUCUGUCUUUCUUUAGCUCUUUCUGUCUGUCCUUCUAUCUUUCAUUCUGUCUUUCUUUCUUUCUUUAUUUUUACUUUUUAAUAUUUAUUUAUUUAUUUAUUUAUAUUUACUUUUUAAAAUGUAUUUAUUUAUUUAUUUACUCUUUUUAAUUUUUGUUGUGAAAAGUAAGACACAGUGCCAAAAUGACUUUUCACAGGAUGCAGAAAUGGAUAAAUAACUUUUUUUUUUAAUUAUAUGUGUGGUUCUAAAGUUAGAUACAGUGCCUAAAAUUUAUUUAUUUGUUUGUUUGUUUGUUUUGUCUGUUUGAUUGUUUGUUAGUUCUUUGUUCGUGUUGUUCUAAAGUAAGAUACAGUGCCAAGAUGACCUUGCACCGGCUUGCCCAGGAUACAGAACUUGAGUACAGCAUUGUUUGUUUGUUUGUUUGUUUGUUUGUAUCAUUGAUUCAAAUGCAUUGUCCUACAGUAAGACACGAGCUUUCCCAGGCUUUCACAGCAUACAGAACUGCAGUACAACCAUGAGCAUGUUCUCUGACGCACUUCAGCAAAUUCCUGAUUUGAUUUGAUGUUGAGUGAGAACGUGCAGCUAAAUAAUUCCUCACGACAUUCAGACGAGCUCAGAUCAGAAAAGUAGUCGCAGGUGAAUUAUACGAUUAUCAAAUAUUGAAGACACACCUUCAUAAAUCCUGCUGGCUUAAAGGGAAGAAUUAGUUUAUGAUGGUGUUAUGUCAGAAUUUCAAUUUACUGAUAAGUUACAGAGUAGUCUAGUGAUGGCUGGAAGAGAACCAGCAUUUUUCCAACAUAUCUACAGGCAAGUGCAAAUGUUUGUGCCCCCGUGGUUGUUGAAUGAGGGAAAAAAAAUAAAAUGUACCUCUAUUUUGCAAAUGAUGCCCAAAUAUACACCGAUCAGCCAUAACAUUAAAACCACCUGCCUAACAUUGUGCCUCAAACCAUUCCUGAACAAUUUUUGCAGUGUGGCAGGGCGCAUUAUCCUGCUGAAAGAGACCACUGCCAUUAGGGAAUACCGUUGCCAUGAAGGGUUGUACUUGGUCGGCAACAAUGUUUAGGUAGGUGGUACGUGUCAAAGUAACAUCCACAUGAAUGCCAGGACCCAAGGUUUCCCAGCAGAACGUUGCCCAGAGUAUCACUCUGUGUCUGCCGGCUUGCCUCCUUCCUAUAAUACAUCCUGGUGCCUUCUCUUCCACAUAUAAGCAACGCACACACACCGAGUCAUCCACGUGAUGUAAAAGAAAAUGUGACUCAUCAGACCAGGCCACCUUCUUGCGUUGCUCCAUGGUCCAGUUCUGAUGCUCACGUGCCCAUUAAAGGUGCUUUCGGCGGUGGACAGGGGCCAGCAUGUUCAGUAAUCACAAGAGAUGCACAAAUUUGAGCUGAUAUCCUGCUUUUCUUCAGUAUUAAUAUCCUAAUAUCCUUAUCUGUAAGGAACCUCUUGUUGCUAAAAACUGCUCCCGGUAACUUUUCUUCAUUUUGUCCUAAGGGUGUGUAAACUUUUGCACACAGCUCUAGAAUAGAGAAUGUAGGUUUCCAUUUGGCUAAAGUUUAUCAUGACGAUUUUGUUUGUUUGUUUGUUUGCAAGCAUGAUCAUUAUUAAAUCGAGUGAUUUCACUUUAAAAGAUUUUGUUGCUUUAAUGUUUUUAUGCAUUGUGUCCUUAUAAAAUGAAGCAGAUAAACACCAUAAAGAACAGACUGUAGAUGCGCAGGUUAUUUUCAUCUUUCUUAUAAUCAUGUAAUGUUCAGCAUCUGCUGUUAAGUAAAUUCUUUUUCAAUAGACUUGUAUUGCAAAAAUUUCAUGGAUUGCUUCUUUAAGUUUUUCCCGGACGCAACAUUACAAUAAAUGUAAAGAUGUUAAUAUUAUAUAUUAUUAAUAAUUAAUAAUAUUAUUUUUUUUUUUACAUACUUUUAUAUGUUAUUCUAUUUAACUGUUGUAUGAAUGCAGAGUGUCCAGUAAUGAAAGCAUUGCAAAAUCAAUCAAAUAUCGCAUUGUUUCUCAUUUGAUAAUCCAGUAGAUUCAAAUCUGAUGUGGCCUUGCUGACCUUCAGCAUAAAGCUAAAUUAAAUUUGAUAUCCCUAAGCUAUACGGAUUACAUGCAGUUUAUUUCCAGUCAUUUCUAGCGGUCAUGUCUUGCUGCUUUUACAUACACAAUAUACAAAUAUGGAUGUAUAUUUGUAUAUAUGUAUGAAGAUUAAAAAAAAUUGAUUUGUA